GUGUUUUUACACCCAUGUGUUUUGUCCAGCGGACAACCCUAACAAUUGGUAGCCAGUGAUGUGACGUCAUCAAAACGCGUCUAUUCGCAGGUGGAGUUCGGCUUCUAUAUUCAUUCCCUAAAUAAGGCUUCAGAAUAAUUCAGGUAUUUGUAACUUAGCCAUCUCCCAUCAGCCAUGGCAACAGAGGGUGUGGAAAAGACAAGUGAAGAUGCUCCAGCAGCUGGUAAGCUGUGCACUAGGUAUGAUCUGGAGAAGGAGACUGAACUUCGCUUUGAGGUGGAGGCAGGGGAGGCAGCAGAACAGGUUGAGCUGGAGCUCCUCACAGGAAUGGCAGAGGUGUUUGGCUCUGAGCUGAACCGCAACAAGAAAUACACAUUUGGACCAGGCUCCAAGAUUGCGGUUUUCACCUGGCAAGGCUGCAGUGUCAAUCUCUUUGGAAAGCCAGAGGCGGCUUAUGUGUCUAAGGAUACUCCCAUGCUGCUCUACUUAAACACACAUGCUGCCCUGGAACAGAUGAGAAAACAAGCAGAGCGGGACAAUGAAAGAGGGCCACGGGUGAUGGUGGUGGGACCUGCAGAUGUUGGAAAGUCAACAGUGUGCCGCCUUCUAUUGAGCUAUGCUGUAAGGGUGGGCAGGAGGCCAACACUGGUAGAGCUGGAUGUUGGUCAGAGUGGGGUUUCUGUACCUGGGACAGUGUCAGCACUGUGCAUUGAGCGUCCAGCAGAUGUGGAGGAGGGUUUUUCAGUCCAGGCUCCGUUAGUGUACCACUUUGGCUCUACUACCCCGGGGACCAACAUCAAACUUUACAACAAGCUGACAUCAUGCCUGGCCGAAGUGUUUUCCCAACGUUGUGAAGUGAACAGGAAAGCCAGCGUGGGAGGCUGCAUCAUCAACACUUGUGGCUGGGUGAAAGGCUCUGGAUACCAGGCUCUGGUCCAUUGUGCUUCUGCCUUUCAGGUGGAUGUGGUUCUGGUCCUAGAUCACGAGAGGCUCUACAAUGAACUCAAACGAGACCUUCCACACUUUGUGCGUGUUGUUCUCUUGCCCAAGUCUGGAGGAGUGGUGGAACGCUCUAAGGAGUGCAGACGGGAGACUCGCGACGAGAAGAUUCGUGAAUAUUUUUAUGGCUUCCGUGGAGUGUCUUUCUAUCCUUUUUCUUUUGAAGUGCGUUUCUCAGACGUCCGCAUCUACAAGAUUGGGGCACCAUCCAUUCCAGACUCCUGUCUUCCACUGGGAAUGUCUCAGGAUGACACACAACUGAAGCUGGUGCCUGUGACACCAGGAAGAGACCUCACCUAUCAUGUGCUGAGUGUGAGCAGUGCUGAGGAUGGAGAGGAAGGUGUUAGAAAGGGAAUUGUGGAGAGCCCUGUGUGUGGCUUUAUUGUGGUCACUAAUGUGGACACGCAGACACAGGUAAUGAAAGUGCUGUCCCCAGCCCCGAGACCACUGCCCAGACACACUCUGCUCAUCAUGGACAUACGCUUUAUGGACAUGAAAUGAGGCAAUGCUUAGGUGUGAAAGACUUGCUAAGGAGGAUUGUUUUCAAAAUGAUUUUGUGCCAGGAUGGAGGGGAGUUGUUCUAUUGUCACCUUUUAUGUACUUUGUAAAGACUACAGAAGUAUAAAAAUGCAGAAAUUAUUUUCACAACUUUUUUUUCUUGAGUAAUAAAUUUUUUAAAUGUG